CGGUUUUGCAACGUCAGCUACAUUAAAAUUAUUUAUAGAGACACUACUCCAGAGUGCGAAUUGAAGGAAAAAGAAGUGGUGGAUUCUCCCACAAAAAAUGAAGACUCCUCUGAUAAGGUCGAGAAGGAAAAUGGAGAUGUUUGCGAUGGGGAGAAUGGAAAGGCAGAUGCUGGCGAUGAAGUCGAAACGAAAGAUUCCGUCUGCCCGAUCAAAAGAAAAUCCGUAGGAGGAGGUGGCGAUGCACCAGAAGGGACGCCCGCCGAGGGAGUUUCGCCCGAAAAGAAAGCGAAACUGGAUGACGCCGUAGCAGAUGCAGAGUCCAAUGGAGAAGCAGAAGUAGCAGCUUAAUCGUCUCUUUGUUCAUACUUUUUGUAUAAUGUUAGGCAAUAUGUCAGUGCUUGAAGCUCUGCCAUUCAUAUCGUUUUUAAUUAGAUUAAUAACAUAAGUGUUAUGUUA